AUGAGAAAUUUAUUACUGCAGACACUAUGUUGCCUUCUACUCCUAUUAUCUUUUAUCAAUGCAAGUAAUGAAAAAACACCACAAGAAAAAAUCAAGUCAACAAGACGUCGAGCAAAUAUCAAUGCGGCAUUUCAGGAGAGAAUAAAUUUUUUUGAACCAAAAACACCAGAUGAUCUGAAUUCAACACUGGACGCAUACGCAGAUUCAUACCGUGAAGCUGCGCAUGAUAAAUUUCUCAUGAUUGAAAUUCAGACAUAUAAAGAUCCCCAGAAUGUCGAAGGAACAAUAAAACCUGAAAUCCUGAGACUUGAGCACUUAUAUCAAAGUAAAUGGGCGAAGGAAUUUCUCGAAUCAAUCGGUGCAGAAGAUAAGAAGCUGGUGAAUUUUUCUAUUGAUGAAUACAGGAAGGCAUUGGAAGAAGAUGCCUCUUUCAAUUACGCAGUUCUUGCUAAUAAAGGAUUCUACAAUCAGACAAAAACGCAUAUUUCAAAGAAAUGGGAAAAUCGAAAAACUCUCGACAUUGCAGAAGGCAAACUUUUUGCACAGACAUCAGGCAAUCUGAACAAACACAAAGUGCAAAUUGAAAUGAUAAGGAAGGAUGUUAUGGAAGCAAAGGAAGCAGUGAAAACAUCAAAAGCUAAACUUAAAGCGCUGGAAACGGCAGCUCUCAUCACAUCUAAUGCAUACACAAGUACUUCAACUUAUUUGCGAAGUGUGCGGAGGGGAAUAUUCACAAAUGGUGAGAAACAAUUUCACCUUUUUUAA